AUAUUUUUGUAUAGUUGUCUUUGAUGUGUAUGUAAAAAAAUACUGUAAAUAGAAAUUGUUUCAAUUGUGGUUUUAACGAAUUUAUUUUGCGUGUUGAACUUGGUGAUAUUAGCGCAUUUAUGCACCUACUCGAUUCAGCCAAAAAACGAAAACGGAAAAAAAAAAAGGAAUACAACAUGGCCAUAUGGCGGUACGUUGGUCAAGGGGAUAUAUGACCUGUGGAGAUGGAAUAAUUGAUGAGGAGUUUCAAGUAAUAGGUAUUGCUGUUGUGUAUCAUGCUGUUGGUUAAAAUGUUGUGUGUGACUGCGGUGAUGGACUCAACCGCCACUGUGAUUCGCUGCCUCAGCUCCAGCAAAGAUUGCAGCCGGUGUGGCACAAGCACUUUGUCUUUAACGUAACCCCACAGAAAGAAACUGCAUGGGGUAAAGUGAUCAUGGUAGCCAUCCGCUUCACACCACAUCAUCUACCUGCAGAGAGAUGUGUCUUUAAGUGUUCCCGUACAGCCAAUUGCAAGUAAGACGCUGUACCAUCUUAUUGGAAGAUGAAGUUGUUUGAAUCUUAUUCCAAAUGAGGCAUAAGCCACAAGAGUGGAAAAUGUGCUUUAUCUGACAUGGAGCCAACACGGGGACCCAGUAUACGAAUUCACUUCUUGAAUGCAAAUCAGACUGUUCCUGAAGGCAAGUCUAGGUUCCCUAAACUUGAUGAGUGUGCUCACUUUCAUUAUGAGCAAGUGGAAUUGCCUCCGAUACAGGUAUGCCUUUAUGAAGAGGAACUGAAGCCACUUUCAUGUGAAGAUUCUGACAAUAAGUGGUGGCAUGUGGCAGUCACAUCAUUUGGGAAGACGUGGGUUUUACGUCGAUCAUACAAAAAUUUUCGCAUGUUGGAUCAACAACUUCAUCGAUGUAUUUAUGAUCGUAAAGUGUCAGGGCUAGUUGAACUACCAUUACAAGAGGACAUCCAAGAAAACAGUCAGGAAAAUGUGAUUCGCAGCUUACUAACAGAUUACUUGGCAAAGUUUUCAAACAUUGAUAGCAGCUUUAUCAACUGUGGUCCAGUUUUGAAUUGGCUAGAACUAGACAAUAGAGGUCGCAGAUUACUAGUGCCUGAUGGCGACAACUGUGCUAUCAACACUCCUGCUGUAGCAGCUGCAUACUCCAUCAAACGAUACAUAGCUCAGGCUGGGGACGAAAUAUCAUUUGAGGUAGGUGACAUGAUUUCAGUCAUAGACAUGCCGCCUCCUGAAGAGAGUAUUUGGUGGCGUGGCAAAAGAGGAUUUCAAGUAGGUUUCUUCCCAUGUGAAUGUGUGGCAGUGAUUGGAGACAAAGUGCCACGUAACUUGCACCUUCCUACUUCUUCCAGUGGCAUUGAAAAACAGGAACCCAGCAAACCUGUGCUUCGAAAACAUGGCAAAAUAAUUGCGUUCUUCCGAUCCUACAUCUUGGCAAGACCUUCUCGUAGAAGGUUAAAACAGUUUGGAAUCCUUAAAGAAAGAGUGUUUGGCUGUGAUUUAGGGGAACACUUGUUAAAUUCAGGUCACGAGAUACCAAUGGUUUUGAAGUGUUGUGCAGAAUUUAUUGAGAGCUACGGUAUAGUUGAUGGAAUAUAUCGUCUGUCUGGUGUGACUUCAAACAUUCAAAAAUUGAGAAAUGCAUUUGAUGAAGAUCGUGUGCCAGCAUUGUAUGAGGAUGAAGCAAUUCGUUUAGACAUUCACUCGGUGGCAUCACUUCUAAAGAUGUACUUCAGGGAACUCCCUAAUCCACUAUGUACAUACCAGUUGUAUGAUACAUUUGUUGCUGCUGUGCAGUCAAGUCAAGAUGAAGCAUAUCGACUUCUUUGCAUGAGGGAAGCAGUGCAGAAAUUACCACCACCACACUACAGGACGCUGGAGUACCUGGUGAAGCACUUGGCGCGGGUGGCCGAGAAGGGGCACGCCACCGGGAUGACGGCGAGGAACGUGGCCAUCGUGUGGGCCCCCAACCUGCUGCGCUGCAAGGAGCUGGAAGUGGGCGGGGUCGCAGCCUUGCAGGGCGUCGGAGUCCAGGCGGUCGUCACCGAGUUCCUCGUCUGCUAUUCGGAGCUCAUUUUCUGCGACGGACUGUCGUCCACGUUCUUCCCUCGGCAACAGAUCACACCUAAGCGUAUUCGGCCAAAGUCGUUGGCUAUUUCAACACCGACAAAAUUGUUGUCUCUUGAAGAAGCUCGCACCAGAGCUUUGCUAUCCUCUGGAAAAAUGGACCAGGAAUAUAUUGAAGUUGGAGGAGGUCCAUCAAACCUGCCUGCUAAAUAUCAUACUGUAUUAGAGCUUCCGAGUUCAGUGAGAAAGAGAACUAGUUCCAAACGUUCACCCCUUGGCUGGAAAUCUCUUUUCACCAAGUCUGUGCGCAAGACUUCAAGAACUUCCGCGCAGAGGAAAGCUUGCACUCCUUCGGAUUUGUGUCUCCCGCAGGUGAAAGCAGUUACAGAAGCUGAUCUAGCGCAAGGGCGACGCCAGUUGCGGCCAGUAAAGAGUGCAGAAAGCCUUUCUUCGGGAGCUAACUCGGCUCGAAAUUCAACAACGUUGGAGUUAAAUUCCUCCGUUCACGAAGACCCUUCGUCAUCUCUUCAUGAAACUGUGAUUGGAAAGACUUGUGGACACAAUCGCUCUGUCUCUCAUGAUUCGUAUUUUGACAGUCUGGCAGAAACUCCUGAUCAUGUCCGUUCUGCACCAAGGCCUACUAACAUUCCUAAAGGAUAUCGGGAUGAAAAUUUCUCGUCUUCACUUGAUUUAAGUGAAAUUCAGUUAAAUUUUGAUUUGGAGGAGACUGAAAUGCAAAUUUUCUCUGAAGAUGAUACACUAGUGUCUUCAUCCGUUGGAAGCGGGAGCAUUAUGUCAUGUGGUUCUCCAAAAAUUGCAUCAAGUGGACAUUCUCGUCCACAAGGGUUGUUUCAAAUUGGUGGUAAACGUCUCCCACUGCGUGAAAUUCCUCCUGCUUGUGCUGUGCCCGAAGUGUUAAGAAGCGGUCCAAGUGCAGAUCCCUUCCCAAAGAAGCAGCGCACUGCCAGUUCAAACCAGUGGAAACUUUCUCAUUUGGAAGAGCAAUUGGCAUACUCUUCAUCCGAAUUUCAAUUUAUCGACAGCCAGUCACCAUCUGAGCUUGAUACUCAGAUGGUUGUACGUGCUGAAAUCCAUUCAAAUCAACAAGAGCACAGCAAGGCUGCCAGUGAAAACGUUGCAUCAACACUGCAUAGUUUACCUGCUGACUGCUUCUCUACCUCACCCAAUACAGAAUUUCAACACAAGCAGUCUAGUCUCUUGCUCACUGAAAAGACAGUUUCAGACAGUUCGUGUCUCACCACACCUGGUACGCCACUUCUUUUACUGUACACGCCCCUGAUGGAUGAUGAAAGUAAUAAUAGUAGCAGCUCCACACCAGAUUAUGAAAAUCUUACUUUAUCCAAGACAUCACCUAGUCCAGUUGUGACUCCUUCCAAGUAUGAGCGCCUCAUGCCUUCUCCUACCAGUAUUGUAACUCCAACUUCUACACCCAGUUUUCGUGAUAAUUCCAAUGAGAAUACAGUGUGUAGACAUAGUCCUACGCAUGAAAAACAAUAUGAGAACGUACCAUUAUUAGUUAAUCCUGAAGUGCAACAUGGACAAUGUACUGAAAAUUUGUAUGCUGUGCCAGUGACUGGUGCUGGUGAUAGACGGUCGUCAGAAUUAGUUAGUCAUGAACUGGAAGAGCAGAAUUACUAUGAAAGUCUAAAAGCCAAAGAAUCUGAAGAUAUGAGAUAUCAGAAUAUCAUUCCAAGAAGAUCUGUACCUGAUGUUAGUGACUGUAAAAAUAAUGUUUACGAAACUUUAUCAGGUAGUUGGUCCAGUGUCACUGAGGUUCACAAAUCAGAAGAGAAGCAGAGUUCAAACAGUUCACCUAAAGAAUAUUGUGCUAUGAGUUCUGCCUACGAAAAUGUUCCUUGUGUUCAAGAUGAUAGUCAUGUGUAUGAAGAUGUUCAGGACCCAGGUCCACGCGACACACCUGCUGUCUCUACUGCGUCUGUUGCUACUGAAGUCUACCAAAAAGUUAAAUAUUUCCGCCUGUCAGUUCAUGAAGUAAAUAGCUUACUGUGUGACAGUGAGAAUCCUGUAAACCAGUACGCAGAGCAAGUAUCAGAUUCAACACCUCACAUGCAUGAGCAUGGAAAUAAUGCUGUUUCAGAGUGUAGUAGUGCUUCAAUAACAUCAGCUACUCCUAGCUUACUUAAAGACUCUGGGGAGAGUGCUUGUAUUCAAAAGAAUGAAGAGGAAUACUCAUUAGAAAUGUCACCAGAAUUUUCUGAGCAUCAUCAUGAUGAUGUAGUAGAGCCUUUGCUCUCCCCGGAAAGUAGACAUUCUUAUCAGUUAACAAGGAGAAGAUUUGAGUCUGAAAUUGGACGAGACAUAGUUCAUGAAAGAAAAAUGAAGCAAGAGCUGCAGGAAAUGCGUAUCGCUAAUCAAGGUUUUAACUCUUUCUCCCAACAAGCUGAAAAAACCCCUUCAAAAAAUAUGAAGCUCAAUAUCAAAGAAUUGCUGUCUAAGUUUGAAGUGACGUCUGCCCCAAGUUUACUAACCAAGGAAAGUAGUUCUCAUCAAAUUCUUCCCACACUGCCACAAACAUCUCCAAUACUUACUUCUUUUGGUUCAAAAUGGAAUGAUACACAUCCACAGUCUACUUCUUGUGCACGGGCAAGACAAGCAAAGUCUUCUAAAAACAAACUUGCAGGCUCAACAUCAUUAAGUGUUUCCCUCGAUGAAGAUCAAUUUCUCACUUCAAAUAUUGAUUCAGAAUUAGUACGUGUGCAAACAUCACCAAAUAUUAAUGCUAAAGUCCAAAGUCCUGAGUGUUCUAAGGAGUCUGUGAAAGCCCCAGCUACUAGUACAACAGAGCAAGAGGUUGUUAAAUCGAGCAUAGCUGACAUUGACUUAGAUGAUCCUCAAAGAAGAGAACGUAUUGAACGGUAUAAAGAAGAAAGACGCUUAUUCUUAAGGGAAAAGUUUCGUUCUGAAAGUUUUCGUGGUGAGAGAGAUGAAAUACUUCAAAGGCUAAAAAUUAAAGCCAACAAAACUUUAUCAAGUCCAGUAGAAAAAAGUGAAAAUUCAAGGUGCUUAAGUGAUAGUAUUAAGGUGAAAGAUAGAAGUAGUGACCCUCUUGGAAAAGUUCAUUCAUCUCCUAGGCAAUCAAAAGUUAAUAAACACAGUUACAGUAAUGUAGUAGUAGACCCAAAAUUUGAUGUGUCAGUCAGAUCUAACAUAUUAAGACAGCAGGGUGAUGACUUUCCUUACCGGUGUAACAACAUAGGUGAUAAAGUUGAUGAUAGUGUAGUUGGAACAGUAGGUAUAAGGCCUGUUAACAAGACAAAUAAUGGUUCAAACAACUUGCAGUGUAUAAUGUUAAGUGCUGGUGAAGACAUGCCAAAAGUAAUGAAUAUAUACAAAGGGACUAAAGUAGAGCAGUUAAAAGAAAGUUUUGCCUCAGCAGAUUUACAAAAGACAUUAGAAAGGCCAGAUCAGAUGGAAGUAAGUGAUGAUAAGCCAAUCCUUCAAGUAGAAAUAAAAGUUUCUACGUCGUGUGCUUCAAAAGAUCAGGAUAGGAGGGACCAGAGAAGAAAAGAUCCAGCAGAUAGAGGACAAAGUUCUCAGUCAUAUUGCAUUCGAGAUAUGACAGCACUGUUCGAAAACAAUGAUGGAAGCAGUGCUGCUGUAACAAGUCAGUCUCAACAAGGCAAGCAGCAUCUUUCAUCAGUUUGACUCACUGUUCAGCAUGAGUCCUGUUACAAGAAUCUCAUUUAAUGGGUGCAAAACAUUUUAAAGAACUGUAUGCGUCUGUGAUAAUAUUGUGCUUUUGUUUUGAAUAUGUCUUUAUCAAACUGACCCUGAAAACCUAUGGUGCCAUUUUGGUACAUUAAUUUGUGUUCUUAAAAAUGACCUUGAGAAAUUUGUAAAGAUUGAAGUAUAAAUCUAACAUUAAGUAUUAUAGGAAAUUAAAUUAUGUAAAUUUACAAUUAGUUUUAGAUAUUAUUGUAAAUGUAAAUAAAAAUAAUAUACAUCAAGAGAUCUGUUUCCAUAGGACAUAUUUAAAAACUAAAUACAUAAAACUUUUUUACACUUGAAAUUGUUUUCGAUUUCCAUUAUAUGUACAUUAGGGUUUUUUACACAGUAAAUUUAUUAAUAUGAACUUUAUGAAAGUUGUUUUUUGUAUUUGUGUUUUUAACUUUGCAUUUUAUUGUAUCUUUUUUUACUGUUAAUAAUGAUUUUGUAUGAUAUUUGUAUAGUUUAUAAUAGUAUAUUGAUUUUAUACAUGCAAUCUUUUAAUGGCUUUGAUGAAAUACCAGUUGUUUGUAGCCUAGAAAAUUUUGUAAGCCAGGACUACAAUGUGUAAAUCACUUGAUAUAGCAUCUUGAAACUAAUAACUUAAAGUAAUUUUCUUAAAAUCAAAAAUGAAAGUUUUUACAUCUGUUAAAUGUUUUGCUAAUCUUGUUGGAUACCUAUUUAUUUCUGGUUUCUGUACACAACUUUACCAGUAUUCUGUUAAUAAAUUGUUAUGUUCUUCUGAGUUAACAGAUCAGGUUUGAAGAAUUUUCUCUGUGAUUGUUGAUGGGGUAUGCCCCCAAGGGGUGACUGUCAUAAUAACAAAAUAAAUAAAAACUGCAUAGCACA